CCGCCAUGCCGGCGCAGGUCUGAGGCGCGGCGAGCCAGGGCCGAGGCGAACGGCGGCCGCGCCGGCCUGUGGCCCCGCAGCGGCCCGUCCCGGGCCCGAUGAGCGGCGGCCUCGGCCUCCGGCGCAGCCCGGAAAUGUCCGGCAAGAUCGAGAAAGCAGACUCUCAGCGUUCUCAUCUCUCCUCCUUCACCAUGAAGCUGAUGGACAAAUUCCACUCGCCCAAAAUCAAGAGAACACCGUCAAAGAAGGGAAAACCAGCUGAGGUGUCUGUGAAGAUUCCAGAGAAGCCUGUGAACAAAGAGGCAACAGACAGAUUUCUACCAGAGGGCUACCCUAUCCCCUUGGAUCUGGAGCAGCAGGCAGUAGAAUUUAUGUCCACCAGUGCUGUGGCUUCCAGGUCUCAAAGGCAGAAGAACCUGAGCUGGCUUGAAGAGAAAGAGAAGGAAGUUGUCAGUGCCUUGCGCUACUUUAAGACCAUUGUGGACAAAAUGGCUAUUGAUAAGAAGGUCCUGGAGAUGCUUCCAGGGUCAGCCAGCAAGGUGCUAGAAGCCAUCUUACCCCUGGUGCAGAGCGACCCUCGAAUUCAGCACAGCUCAGCCCUCUCCUCUUGCUAUAGCCGAGUGUACCAAAGUCUCGCCAACCUCAUUCGUUGGUCUGACCAAGUGAUGCUAGAAGGUGUGAACUCAGAAGAUAAAGAGAUGGUGACAACUGUGAAGGGGGUUAUCAAAGCCGUUCUGGAUGGAGUGAAGGAGCUGGUCAGACUCACCGUCGAGAAGCAGGGGCACCCGUCUCCAACAAGCCCAGCGAAACCCAGCCCCCCAGCCUGCAAACCUGAUGGCCAGUCUGAGCUCCCCCUGACAGAUCGAGAGAUGGAGAUUCUAAACAAGACGACUGGCAUGUCGCAGUCGACCGAGGGGCUCCCAGACUCUACGGAUGAGGAGGUUGCGCCCCCCAAGCCUCCCUUACCUGGCAUUCGGGUGGUGGAUAAUAGCCCUCCACCAGCAUUGCCACCGAAGAAAAGACAGUCGGCUCCAUCCCCUACCCGAGUGGCCGUCGUGGCCCCCAUGAGUCGAGCCACCAGUGGCUCCAGUUUGCCUGUUGGAAUUAAUAGGCAGGACUUUGACGUGGACUGUUACGCACAGAGACGACUGUCGGGAGGCAGCCACUCGUACGGCGGCGAGUCGCCCCGCCUGUCCCCCUGCAGCAGCAUAGGCAAGCUCAGCAAGUCGGACGAGCAGCUGUCCUCCCUGGACAGGGACAGCGGGCAGUGCUCGCGGAACACAAGCUGUGAAACACUAGACCACUACGAUCCUGACUACGAAUUCCUUCAGCAAGACCUCUCUAACGCAGACCAGAUACCUCAGCAAGUGGCCUGUAACCUCAGCCCGUUGCCAGAGUCCUUGGGGGAGUCUGGGUCUCCGUUUCUUGGCCAUCCUUUCCAGUUGCCCCUGGGCAGCUGUCCCCAGCCGGAGGGGCCCUUGGCCCCAGGGCAGCAGACAGACAUGCCGCCUGCCCUCCCCGAGAAGAAGCGCAGGAGUGCGGCCUCCCAGACCGCGGACAGCUCCGGCUGCAGGGUGUCCUACGAGCGGCACCCCUCCCAGUAUGACAACAUCUCGGAGGAUGACCUGCAGAACCCGGCCUCGGUCCAGCCCGUCCCCUUCACGCCUUUUGCUGCUGUACUUCCCUUUCAGCAAGGAGGUUCCUCGGCCUCUGUCGAAUUUGUGGGUGAUUUCAGUGUUCCCGAAUCAACAGGUGACCCAGAAAAACCACCUCCUCUACCAGAGAAGAAAAACAAACACAUGCUGGCCUACAUGCAACUGCUGGAGGACUACUCAGAGCCGCAGCCCUCCGUCUUCUACCAGACGCCGCAGAAGGAGCACAUCUACCAGCAGAAGAACAAGCUCCUGAUGGAGGUGUACGGCUUCAACGACUCCUUCAGCGCUGGCGACGCCCCGCAGGAGCUCGCCCCGCCCCCCGCCCUGCCCCCCAAGCAGCGGCAGCUGCAGGCCUCCUAUGCUGCUUCUUCCUUCUCCUCUGUCUCCUACUGUGUCCAGCAAACUAAAGUGGCCUUCACCCCCGAAGACGGCAGUGCCACUCAGGGCAUCAGUGUGUCCGUCUCUAACUCCUUUCUCAGCCGGCACGGCAACUUGCCUGUGCCCUCGUGUAAGUCUGUGUUUAGGUCCUACUCCCAGGAUUUCGUGCCUCACAACCAAGCUUCCGUCCAGCCUUUCCUUCCGUCUACCUCCUCCUCCUCUCCACACUUCCCACCUGUCCACCAGUCUCAGAGCCCUGACUUAGCCGGGCCACCCGUAGCCAGUCCGCCUCCCAGCACCCCGGACGGGCCUCUCUCGUCUUCUCAGGAGAGCAGCUUUCAUGGGAACACUGUCCGCCUUCCUUCCGAAACCUCUUUCACUGACUCGCCCCAGACGCCUUCGAGCGAGCACGCCAGUGAGGAGGCUGGUGAGGGUGAAUACGUCUGUCUGUAUUCCUCUGGCCAGAGCAGCGAGGAGCUGGCCCCCUCUCGAGGAGAAUCACCAGCUGUGAAAGACGGACAUCCCAGAGACCCCGCGUCAGUCGGUAGCACACCUGGGAAGGAAGGCCGGGACAGUGGAGAGAGGACCCCGAGGUCGCCAGAUGCUGAGUCGGCUCAGUCAGAAGAGGAGGUCGACGAGCUGUCCCUCAUCGACCACAAUGAGAUUAUGGCCAGGCUGACGCUCAAGCAGGAGGGUGACGACGGGCCAGACGUCCGCGGAGGGUCUGGCGAUAUCCUGCUGGUCCACGCUACAGAGACGGACAGGAAAGACCUGGUGCUGUACUGCGAGGCCUUCCUGACCACCUACCGGACCUUCAUCACCCCGGAGGAGCUCAUCAAGAAGCUGCAGUACAGGUACGAGAAGUUCUCUCCCUUCGCCGACACCUUCAAGAAGCGGGUCAGCAAGAACACGUUCUUCGUGCUGGUGCGGGUGGUGGAUGAACUCUGCCUUGUGGAGUUGACAGAAGAGAUCUUGAAGCUGCUGAUGGAACUGGUCUUCCGCUUGGUGUGCAGCGGGGAGCUCAGUCUGGCGCGUGUGCUCCGGAAGAACAUCCUGGACAAGGUGGACCAGAAGAAGCUGCUCAGGUGUGCCAACUCUGACCAGCCCCUGGCAGCCAGGGGCGUAGCAGCCAGGCCUGGAACCCUGCACGACUUCCACAGCCAUGAAAUAGCCGAGCAGCUGACACUGCUAGAUGCUGAGCUGUUUUAUAAGAUAGAGAUUCCUGAGGUUUUGCUUUGGGCAAAAGAGCAGAACGAGGAGAAGAGCCCCAACUUGACCCAGUUCACGGAGCACUUCAACAACAUGUCCUACUGGGUCCGGUCCAUAAUCAUGUUACAGGAAAAGGCCCAGGACAGGGAACGGCUGCUCUUGAAGUUCAUCAAGAUCAUGAAGCACUUACGGAAGCUAAACAACUUCAACUCCUACCUGGCCAUCCUGUCGGCGCUGGACUCCGCCCCCAUCCGCAGGCUGGAGUGGCAGAAGCAGACCUCUGAGGGCCUGGCGGAGUACUGCACGCUGAUCGACAGCUCCUCGUCCUUCCGCGCCUACCGGGCCGCCCUCUCGGAGGUGGAGCCGCCCUGCAUCCCGUACCUGGGGCUCAUCCUGCAGGACCUCACCUUCGUUCACCUGGGGAACCCAGACUACAUUGACGGGAAAGUGAAUUUCUCCAAACGCUGGCAGCAGUUCAACAUUCUCGACAGCAUGCGGUGCUUCCAGCAGGCGCAUUACGACAUCCGCAGAAAUGAUGACAUCAUCAACUUCUUCAACGACUUCAGCGACCACCUGGCCGAAGAGGCCCUCUGGGAACUCUCUCUGAAAAUCAAGCCCAGGAACAUUACGAGAAGGAAAACAGACCGUGAAGAGAAGACCUAGGAGCAGGUGCCGUGAGCGGGGACAACGCUCAAGAGAGGCUCAGGGCCGCUCCGAGACCAGAAGGGACUUUGGACCUGUUACAUGGCGGCACGUGUCCUGGCCUCAGCGCCCCUGGGCCCAGCCAGGCCCCCGCUGUGCCGGGCGGGCAUCCGGAGCCCACGCAGUUGCCUGCCGCCCUCUGCGGGAGGGGCCCCUGCGGCCCCCAGCGAAGCCAGCAGGCAGGUCUCAUUGCUGAUUCGUGAACCGGUGGUUUGGUUUUGACUUGGGUUUCUGCUUUCACUCUGUCUUCCGCUCGCCCUCUCGCUGCCCCCCCCCCCCCCCCAGCCUGGGAGCAGCACAGGGACGUCACCAGCAGACCAAGGGAACAGUGGCAAUCUUCUGAGUCUGCUGAAGUGACAAACGAGUAGCAGCCCAAGGACCCUCAGGGAGGGGGGCUGCUCCCCGGUGACCUUGACUGAGGGGGCACUCAGGUGGGUGGGCUGGGAGCAGAGGCCUGAGGGAGACUCCUUCCACUUCCCACGCCCCACUUCUUGAAAUGGAGGCUGGCGCGAGUGUCUCGCCUGGCCAGGAAGGUACGCCAGGUGGCCUUGCAGCAGCGUCUGUCACGUGUGGCCCCUUCAUCCCUCCCCCAGCCCCCCCUCACCUGGUGCCGUGGGGAGCUGAGAGAAGAGGUUGGAGCAGGGGAAGACAUGACCAUCCCAGAAACACUUGAUCUGAGCUGGGGCCAGUGGCUCUGCGGGGAGUUAGUUAGUUCUGAGAGGAGAGAGUGGAGGGGCGUUUCUGUCCUGGGGGAGGGCCGGCAGCCCCUCCUCUGUCGCUUGCUGGUGCCUUAAACCCCAUCUCCUGCCCCUCCUGUGCUCAGGCCUCCCUCCUACCUUGCCCCGAGCCUGGUGGGGCCGAAGGGCUCCUCUUGCGCCUCAGACCUUUCUGCCUGUGCGGUGCGCUCUCCCGUGGGAUGGAUGGGUUGGGGGGGGGUCCCUGAGAGGCCAGGGGCCUGGCUGCGCAGGCGCCCACCCUGUCCUCAGGCCGUGGCACAGCGUCUUCCGCAGCAGGUGCUCUGUCCAGCCUCCUAGUUCAGGACCACUCUCGCCGCUGAGGUUGACAAUCUGAGGCGAGGGCUGCAGGGGUCUCUGCACACAGAGCACCACUAGGCCUGCCCGCCCGCCCGCCCGCCCGCCCGCCCGCCGGGCUCCGUGCCAGCCGGGCGUGGGCCUGUGGGACGGCUGCCUCCCGCGUCCUGUUGUGCAUGGCUGAGUGCGCGCUUCUCCCAGGAUGGGGACCUGGCCAGCGAGCGCCAGGGUGGAUGCGCACUGGCCCCAUCAGAGCAGACAGUAGAAAGCAACGGCUGUUAACAAGGUUUUUUGGUUUUUUUGUUUUUGAAGAAACAACCCUGUCAGUCAUUUUUGAGUCCUUCACAGGUUUCAAGAAGAGAAUUGGGGCUGUUUUUUUCCUCUGUCGUGUACAUAGAGGGGAGGAGUCUGUGAGACGCUGCUCAUGGCCCUUCUGGCGGCGACCCUGCGCAGCGGGCCGGAGCGCCUCACUUUAUUAUUUAAAGAGUGUGUGUGUGGACUCGCUGGUGAUGAAGAGUAUUGGAGAGUAUUGGUUUUCUGCUUUUUUAAGUCCUCUCAUUUCAGUCUUUUCCUCCUCCCACCCUCACCCCGGCCCGGCUCUGCUGAAUGCUGCUGUGUGCACCUGGUGGGGGGGGCCACUCUGCGCUCAGGGGUGUGUGGGCAGAGGUCCCCCUCCGCCCCACGGGCACGAGCCAACGCUGUGUUUGGGCCGCAAAGCCAGGUGCUUGCACGUGUGUCUGGGGUCGAGGUCUGUCGGUCAUGCUCAGCCAUGAGCUGAACGGGGUUGAGGGGCUUCACCACCCCCCCCAUUCAGAACAGACCCUGUGCCCACCUCCCCUCCUCGCCGGGAGCCCUGGUCUGAGCCGAGCGGUGAACCAGGGGCCAGCGUGGCCAGGUGACCCCAGCAGGAGGACAGCAGGUGCAGUGUGGGUUUUAACUUACUGGCUAAGCGGCUUCCCGCCCGGGCCUGGUUUAGACACAUGCCUGGCUCCUCGGUGGUUUGUCUGUCAUGGGGCCGGGUCAGGUGUACAAAUCUAAUGACAGACAGACACAACUGGAGGACACGGGUCCCUGCAGCCUCAGUUCCCACCUGCAGGGGUGGGUGGAGCCAGGGAGGGGCCAGGCACGUGCCCCGCGUCUGAACUGAACCCCACUCUGAGUCGCGCCUCCCUCCCCCCACGCCCCCCCAAUGUUACAUUGUAAUAUAUCCCCGACUAACCUGGCUGAUAGCGGCAUCUUCCUGCAGACGUUUCAAACCUGUACUUUUAUAUGAAAGGAAAAUAAACACAGAGGAAAGCCGCGGCCAACUGUGUGAACACCGCAUGCCGCGUGUCAGUGACGGUC